GACGUUCACCAUUCAAAUUUGUCAUAUUAUAGACACAAAAUUGCUUACAAACACAAAAUGUUUAGCUUUUAUUAAUGUUGACAUAUUAAUUAUGUUUUAUAUUGUUGGUGCCAGAAGAUUAAAUAGUAUUUUGCAAACAGCUGGCGCAUAAACCUACUAAUUGUCUUCGACCGGAAACAGCUGUGACCAAACGGCCAUCUCUAAUGGCCAGCUGUUGUCAACAAAUUUGCUUGUUGAUUUGAUCUGAUUUGUUUUAUGAUGCGAAAUCAUGGACUUAGCCGAUAUUCACGUUAAUAUAAACUCGCAAACAUGCCGCGUGUGCUUGGAGACCCACGAGACCACUUUGUGCCUCCGCGAUGAGAUCGAGUACAACGACCUGAACAUGGAGCUCUGGGAGCUAUUGGAAUCCGUUUCGAAAGUAAAGUACUCCUGGACAGAUCCGAAUCUGCCGAUGCAGCUGUGCCAAAACUGCACGCGGCGGCUGAUCAGCGCUUACGAGUUCAUCCUGGAGAUGGAAAACGCUCAGCAGACUUUGCAGAAUCUGUACCAACAAUCGGAUGCAGUUAAGCCGGAGGAAAGCCAUGUGGAGGUGGUGGAGCUGGUGGGCCAGGAGGAUGUAGUUGAUAUGGAUAGUUUCCUGCCCGUCUCUUACGAAGAACAGCACUUGGAAGUCGAGGAAGCAUUGAGAGACCAGGCCACUCCCUUAGAAUUUAGAGCUGAGGCGGAAGAGCCGCUGUAUGCCGACGGUGAUCAAGAGGAGGAUGCAGAGGAGCCUACAAAACUGAAUAUGCUGCCUGAAGAACCUGUAAAUAUGGAAUCACUCCAUCUGCGGCCUUCACAGCUCGGCAGCCGUCUCACGCACUCCGACAACUUCAUCUACAAGUGCGCCAUUUGCCCGAGAGUCUUUGCCAAAGACGAAUCCCUGUCCCGGCACUUUUCACAUGCCCACAGGAUGGCGGCGGGCGUGGCGGCUCUCCAGCUGGCCACCGAAAGCAGCGGCACCGGUCUGCUGACCUGUGAACACUGUCCGCGAACAUUCAAGCGCCAGGACACCCUCCGGCGUCAUAUGCAGGCGUUUCACCCCGACGCGCCAGCCUUGGAAACUGGCGAAACUCCUGAAAAUUCCGCCCGGAAACGGAUCACCAAGCGGCAAGACUGUCCUUACUGUGGCCUCAGCUUCCCCAUGUCCAGCCUCACCAUCCACAUUCGCAGGCACACCGGCGACAACCCUUACAAGUGCGACCAGUGUGAGAAGGCCUUUCCCCGCAGCCAAGAUCUCAGCCUGCAUUUGCGCCAGCACACGGGCGAGCGUCCUAGUGAGUGCAAGAUCUGCUCCAAAAAGUUUAUUUCGCAGAACAAACUGGCGCGGCACAUGCGGCUGCACACGGGUCAGCGACCAUACUCUUGCGACAAGUGCAGCAAGAGCUUUGUGCAAUCCAACGACCUGAAGAUCCAUAUGCGCCGACACACUGGCGAACGGCCGUAUCAGUGUGGAGUGUGCGGGGACAGCUUCGUCUGUGGCUCACUACUGAAUAUCCACCGUAACCAAAAGGGACACCAGAAGGCAGUGAACCCGGACAACGCCGCCAAGGGUGACCUCCCUGUGGAUCCCUAUGUAAACGCAAGGGUCAAUCAGCGACGGGCGGAGGAUAUUGAGCGCAUGCGCAUGCAGCGUGAUCCCGGGGACCGCCAGGAGCCUAGAAACGAAUUGCUACUCAAACCGGAACUCCCUGGCACGGCUUACAGGUGCGGUGUCUGUGAACAGAACUUUAAAAGCGGUGCCCUUCUGACCAUCCAUCGCAAUAAAAUGAGCCAUUAUGAGAUCGGAAGGCACUACGGAGAUCCCUUCGGAGAAAAGCAAAAAACGCUUGGAGUACAAUAAGGGACAAAAGUUAGUCACAACAUAAAAAUAAAUAGGAACUUGCAUUUAAGUUUAAGUGAAAUUCGUUUUUUUGUAAGUCUAGCUUUAGUUAGUUUAAGGAAAUCUUUAUUUAUUUAAAUAAAAACUAAUGCUAAUUAAAAUAUAGGAGCAUUAGCUCCAAUAAUUUAAAAGGAUGUUUUUU